AUGAUCGAACCUCUGGCUGCAGCUAUUGUUAACGGCGUCCUUCCUCGAACAUCCGCUCGUCGUACGUCUGUCCUCAAGUCCGCCGUUACAUUAAUGGGAAACCACGCCCGAAAACCGUUUCCAGAAGAUUUUUUCACUCCCCAUCCACGCUCAUGGAAAGGCAAGGAGAGGGCGCAGGACCCAGUCACGUUUGAAUGCAGCGCAUGCACCGGUUCUUUGGCCGGUCCGAAUUCGGGCAUUUGCUGCGCUACGAGGCAUUCUUUAUGGUGUCCGAAACGUACCCGGGUGUUCACGAGGAACGAGACAACCCCUCGUAGGCUUCCAGGAACCGGUAGCGGAACGGUUCCGAGAAGCACCCGGCGACAUUCAUCAUCGUCUGCUCCGCAGAAACACACUCUGCACAGUCACAUGCUCGAAACGAUCUCUUCUCCAUCGCAAGCACACCGUGACCCUGUAACGACAAACCUGUCCGGCACGAUGGACAUACGCUCCCUGCUCCACCCGUCCGUUCCUUUUGACCCAAAUACAGCGUGGGCCCUCUAUAGCGAAUCCGUAAAGGAUGAUGUCUAUGAUCCGUUCACCCCCGAUGAACGUCUUUUGUUUAUGGAGAAGCUCGUAAAUGCGGUUGAACCAGAACUUUAUGAACAGACAGACAUUUCUGCCUUGCACAAAUGGGGUCUUCGUCUACAUUCCAUGAUGCAUGGGAAGGAUGUUUGCGUUGCUAACAUCCUGUCCGAGGACUUUCGCAAACUGUGUCUUUCCGCGCGUAUUUAUGCAUUAAUGGGUGACCUCACAGGCGCCGUACAAAUUGCGAGGGAAGGGUGGAAGCGGCAGUUGACGGAGGCAGAACAGGGGAAGCUUGUCGACGUCUAUCGAACUCUUCUCAUAAUGGCGCAUUUACGUGAAGGGAGCACUGCUACGCUCAACCUGGUCAUUGAAGAAUGGAACGUUCUAGGGCCAUACGUCGGAAGUUAUCGCAAUACCUUUGUCGGGACUUCGUUUGAGACCAAGACGGAAUCCUUACGAGACACCGCCCGCAAAAUAAUCGCAGAGGUCACCAAUGGCGCUGCCUUAUUAUCGUCGCGUUGGAAACAUGGUGAGCAAGAUUUAAUGCGCACAGCUGAGCUACUCCUCCUGUCGUAUAUCCCGGAGGGUUCUUUGAAGGAAGCCCAUGCCGUCAUGGUUGAAAUGCGGUCGCUACGAUUAUCUCUCCCUAUAUCCUAUCAGACAGCUUUGAUCCGAAGGCUUGCCAAAGCCAACUCGUUCAUUCUCGCUAACGAGGUAUUUUCGUUCAUCUCCCCGUCGAAUUAUAAGCCAUACCUCUCCGCCGGAUUGUAUCUGUAUGCUCGCCAAGGGAACAUCACACGCGCAGAAGAAUUCUUCAACAACCUCCGAAAACAGGAUUGUCUUUCUCCUACCGACAAGGCGAUGCUAAUGCAUGCGUAUGCCGUUUCCGGGCGGGUUGAGACCGUCAUUGACCUCUUCAACGAGUUCUUUCCUGAGGAUGAGGAGGAGAAGCCUACGAUUUUCCACUACACGACCGUCGUCCUCGCGUUUGCUCAGCGGGGUGAUUUCGAAGGACUGAACUUUUGGUUGAAGGCGAUGAUGGAAGCUGGUCAUCCACCGGAUGCCCAUGUGUAUAGCAUUAUCCUGGAGAGCUUUGCCAGUCGGGGUGACGUGGAUACGGUGGCCGUUAUCUUGGAUCAAAUGCGUGUUGCCAAUAUACAGCCCAGCCGCGUCCACUAUACCACCGUCAUCAAAUUCCUGGCGCAGAGACGUGAUCCCGCGUCUGCGGAAGCUAUCUACAAGAGGGCCUUGCAAGAGGGCAUCGUACCGGAUCGUAUUAUGAUCACGGCUCUUAUGAAUGCUCACGUCGAAGCAGGCUCAUGGCCCGGCGUUAUCCGCAUCUUCGAUUUUCUCAAGGGAUCUAGGCAUCGUAAAAUCCCCCUCACCAUUGAAGUUUACAACACACUCCUCAAGGCAUACGUGAUGAUCGGCACGCCAUUUCACACCGUUUCUAUGCUCUUCCGCAGAUUGCAGUCAACAGCCGCACGUCCUGACGCAUACACGUAUGCGUUGGUAAUUCAGUCGGCUUGCGACGCUGGUCUGAUGAAUGUUGCUUCUGAUCUGUUCGCGGAAAUGGAGGACAGGGUCGGAAAAUGGGAGCCGCGCCGUGGGAUCGAGGUCUAUGUAUUGACCAUUAUCAUGGCAGGCCAUCUCCGAUUGGGGCACAAGUCACAGGCCAAGGCUGUCUACGACGAUAUGAUCGCCCGCGGCAUCCAGCCCACAUCCAUUACAUUCUCACAGAUACUUCAAGCAUACGGAAACCAGGGAACCGAGGACAGUCUGCGAAUUGCUGAGGCCUUUCUCCGAGGUAUAGUUGAAUCAGACCCCCAGCGGCAGGUUUGGGCGACGCCAAAGUCUUUACAGUCAGCGCUCGAGGAACUUUAUAGUCCUUUGAUGACCGUGUACAGCAAACAGCGCGAUCCCAAGGCCGUAGAACGCCUGUUCGAGGCUAUGCUUGAAGCCGGAGGCGAGCCAACACUUUUGUCGCUUACUAUUCUCUUGGACGUUUACCGUCGGACCGACAACAUCACGGCCAUCCGCAAGGUGUGGGAACAAAUAUGGGAGCUUGCCUUGCGUCUCUCUCGUGUGGACGAGCUAUUCAAGGGUGAAGACAAUGCACCUACGAAUCCAUUGUCACGCCAAUCCAAUUUGCUAUGUUUACCUCUAUCCAUUUAUAUCGACGCUCUUUCCGCAGCAGGUCAUCACAGUGCCGUACCUGAGAUUUGGCUCAAGGUCAGGUCACAGGGAUUUAGCUUCGACUCUCAUAAUUGGAAUCAUCUCGCGGUUGCGCUCGUAAGGGCAGCCGAACUCGAUCGUGCCUUUGCGGUGGUCGAGCGGGUCAUUCUACCGUACCAGCGCCAGAGCCUGAUUGUGGCGAGUACCAGAGACCGCUUCCCGGAAUCACCUUUAACAUUUGACGCGGCACCGCCCGACGUGGACAGCCCUGCGCCGGAGUCCCCUCUCCACCGACAAAAGCGACGAGUGGCUGCCGUUAAGCUCGUUACUAAGAGGUCUAGGCGCAAUUUGGAUAUAGAUGGAGAUCCGGACGACUUUGCACAUCCCUUACACAUCCUCCACCAAAUCUUACCUUCCUGGAACGUGUGGCGUCCCCAUCAUAUUAUUCUAGAGCUCUUGGCAAGCGUGCUUCGUCAUCUACAAGGUGGACGGGUUGUUCAGCCGGUGGGCGUCUCGCAGCAAUCAGUCGGAUCAGACAAUGUUGCGAGCCGGGCCAAGAUGGCUAGUGAUACCCUCCAGCGCAUCUACGACGAAUACCCAUCUACGGUCCGGGCCGUGCUGCUCCACGAAAGGGCAUUAUCUCGGAGAAAUGCAAUCAAAAGGGCAGAUGAUGGGUGGAGCUGA